UCAGUGCCUCUUGUGUUUCGCACGUGAAACGUGUUAAGCGUACUGGUUCAGCGCUGAUCAGUUUUGCUCAAUAUAAAUUGAUUAUCUCGAUCAGUACGAGUAUUCAAUCAUGGCGACAACCAAGGUCGAUAAUCCUGAAAAACCAGGACAGGAACUCACUCCCAUUCAUCGAAUUAGAAUCACACUCACGUCUCGCAAUGUUCGUUCUCUUGAGAAAGUUUGUGCAGAAUUAAUAAAUGGAGCCAAGAAACAGAAACUGAAAGUCAAGGGACCUGUACGCAUGCCCACAAAAGUACUGCGAAUAACAACCCGCAAAACACCUUGUGGUGAAGGUUCGAAGACAUGGGAUCGCUUCCAGAUGCGGAUUCACAAACGUGUUAUAGAUUUGUAUUCACCUUCAGAGAUCGUGAAGCAAAUCACCAGCAUAUCCAUUGAGCCUGGUGUAGAAGUGGAAGUAACAAUCGCUAAUGAAUAAACGCUAUAAUUGAAACUAAAGUUUUAAUAAAGAUAUAAAAGAAAGCUAAA